UAAAUCAAAGGAAGAAGGAGGCGAGGAAGUGAAGAGUUUUCACUUUUUAAUACGCCUCCUGUAAACUCUGCAUUGUUAAAGCUCUAAACUAUUUCAAGUCGAGUCACAGUUGAGUUUUAAGGGACAUCGAGGAUAUGGCGUUAUCCCACACAGAAGAGAGGACAUUUACGGCCUUGGAAACUGUCGAACUCUGUACUAGACGUGACAGCGAUGCCUCGGAUCAGGAGCCAUCCGAGGCAGAAAGUGAAGCGUCCGCGGUGGACUCGGUGCCAGAGGAAAUGUUUUUGGAUGGAAUGGAUGAUGCUCUUGAUUGGCAGAACGACUCAGACCCUGACUGGGAACCAGACACUGAGGUCGAUGUGGAAAUGGAUAGCUCUGAACUGAUUUCAAUACCUGCAGCUGAACCUGAACCAGGCCCUUCCUCCUCAAAGAUUCCUCGGACAGAAAUGGCAGAAAGAGGCAGAGAAGACUGUGGUGAAAGACCGUCUUCACCUUCAGAGGGGAGUUGGAAUGGCCCUGAGACUGCCGAUAUCACACCUACCCCUCUCCCCUUUUGUCCAACACGCACUCCCGGACCCCAAAUUCUAAGUGCAGCAGACGACACUUGUCUGGAACUGUUCAAGCUGUUUUUUACUGAUACUAUGUUAUUGACACUAGUAAAAAACACAAAUGUGCAUGGCCGCACAACAUACAAAAUAUGGACGGACAUUACACUUGAAGACAUUUUCUCUUUUUUGUCUCUUGUUAUCUACACGGGACUCACAAAAGUACCUUCACUUACUGAUUAUUGGAGAAGAGGAAAGUUGUACAGCCUUCCAUUCCCUAAGACAGUUAUGACCGGAAAGAAAUUCAUCGCUAUUGUCCGUGCUCUUCACUUGAGCAGCCCAGAAGAUGAUGCAGAAAAUGAAGGAAAAAGAGGCACUGAAGAGUUUGACCGUUUGGGCAAGAUCAAGCCACUGUACAUGGAGAUGAGAGAUGCAUGCCGCCAGAAUUAUCAACCUGGUCAGAAUAUUUCUAUUGACGAGAGGAUGGUUGCUUCAAAGACAAGAGUGCUCUUCAAACAAAACUUGAAAAGCAAACCUGUACGAAUGGGCUUCAAAUUGUUUGUUCUAACAGACUCACAAUCAGGCUAUACAUGGGACUUCUUUGUUUAUGAGGGCAAAUGCUCGCAGCCUAGCAAGAAUGGGUUGAGUUAUGACUCAGUUAUGAACCUUUUGAACACUUCCUUACUGGGCACAGGCUAUAAGCUUUAUGUGGAUAAUUUUUAUACUAGCCCCAUUCUAUUUCGUGAUCUCCUGCAGAAAAAUGUGUCCGCCUGUGGCACCAUCAGACCAAACAGACAAGGAUACCCCAAGACUACACAAAAUACACUAGACUCCACAGCGCCCCUUGGCAGUAUAAGGUGGAUUCGGGAGGACCCUGUACUCUUUGUCCAGUGGAGAGAUACCCGUGAUGUGUUUGUCUGCUCCACCAUGCACACCGCCCACGGUCAGGAGACAGUGGAGCGCAGAGUGAAGGAUGACACAGGCUGUUGGACUGUGAAAGAUGUGCCCAUUCCACCAGCCAUCAAAGACUAUAUCAAGCACACAGGUGAUGUUGACCUAUCAGAUGCGCUCAUCGGCUAUUACGAGGUUUUGCACAGAACAAAGAAAUGGUACAAGACAUUUUUUUACCAUUUUGUGGACAUUGCCAUUGUGAAUGCCUUCAUUCUAUAUAAAGAACACUGUGGAUCAAAGGGUAAAACCCCUAUGCCCCAAAAGGCCUUUAGAGAAACUCUUGUGUUGGAGCUGGCAGAGGCAGGAGUCAUCAGAACACAGCAGGAAGAAGGAAGCAGGGAGGGGCAUCAUCGUCUUGUGCACAUCAACCCGGGCGGUGGCAUGACACAAGGAAGAUUGAAGUGCAGGAAGUGCCAUGCCAAAACUUCAGUGAAAUGUUCAACCUGCAACAUACCCCUGUGUUUCCAGCCACAAAGAGACUGUUAUAGUGACUGGCACACAGAAGACCAGCCAUAAUCAUGUUCAGUGUGUUUUUAGUUUGCAGUGUGUGUUUCUUUACUCUUUGUAAUGUGUGAAAUUUGUAAAUAUAUGUUUAUUUUGACCCAUACCUCUUGUUUUGACUAUAUUUUAUAUAUAAAUAUAUAUAUUUUUAUGUAGUGUUCUGAUAUGCUAUAUACAUUUCCAUAAGUAAUAGAGCAGCUCAGUGCAGAUACAGAUUCCUCUCAGUGUGAGCUUUCAGUAGAGCCUCAUUGUUGUCUGUGGGUUGAAACAUUCAAAAGUUAUUGCGUUUUUUCCAAACCUUAGAAGGUUUGGAGAGGUUUGGGUCCCUCCAUAAAACACCUGGAUUUACUGAUGAUAAAAUGAGUGUAAAAAUCUAUUUUUAUAGAUAUUAAGCAUAAAUUUAAAAUGUGAGAGGUCAACAAUAUUUUCAGUUGAGAUAUAUUUUUGUCCCCAGCUGCCCACUGCAGCUUUCAUUUUAACAAAAAAAAUGUACACAAGGAUGAGAU